AUGGCAUAUAACAAAGGCUUCAACCCAGACAGGCUGCCUAUGCACGCUGAGCCCGAACAGGCUGCCGCUAUGAUGUCGCAAAACGCUACCACGGCCUCACGCCCACCACGCACAAGCUCUGCGCGUCCCGACUACAACAAACCUCCCCCACCUGUUCCCAGCCAGCGAUACGAUACCCGUCCAGACGACCGCUAUGGCGGAGGGGGUGGUCGUGGUGCAGGAGGAGGUGGAGGAGGAUAUGACAGCAGACCUCCGCCAGGCGCAUACAACGAUGCGCGCUAUGACAGCCGUUACGAUUCAAGACAAGACAACAGAAUGGGUCUUGGAUCGCCUCCACCAGCAAACUAUGGUCAUGGACCGCCACCACAGGGCUAUCAUGGAAGACCUCAGCUUGCGCAGCAGUCAAGACCCCCACCAACGCCAGCGCCCGCCCCGCCAAGAGAUGGAAAUGAUCGCGAGGCCCUGUGGAGACUGUUUGGCGCCGUGGACAAAGACAGAAGUGGUGAGCUUACAGAAGCUGAGCUCCGAACUGCCCUUGUAAAUGGUGACUGGACGCCUUUCGAUCCGCAUACUGUACGCAUGAUGAUUCGAAUGUUUGACACCAAUAAAUCUGGCACAGUCAACUUUGACGAGUUUUGUGGCCUCUGGGGUUUCCUCUCGGCCUGGCGCGCUCUUUUCGACCGAUUCGACCAGGACCAUAGCGGUAGCAUAUCAUAUGCUGAAUUCAACGAAGCCCUGAUCGCAUUUGGAUACCGCCUUUCUCAGCAAUUCGUUACUCUGCUCUACCGCACAUAUGACCGCGACGGCCGCAAUGCACUCAGUUUCGACUUGUUCGUCCAGGCAUGUAUUAGUCUGAAGAGAAUGACGGAUGUGUUUAAGAAAUACGAUGAAGAUCGCGAUGGAUAUAUCACGCUGAGCUUUGAGGAAUUUCUCACAGGUGCGCAAGCUUUGUUCCUCUUCAACUCGAUUUCGGCCUCCACUGAUACCGGUCUUUACUAG